GAAGCCGCCGGGUCCACCGAGCUCCGUCCGACAACAUGUCCAACAACCAGGAGAUACGAUACUGCCACAGGUUCUCCUACAUCGUCCUCAAGUUCAUCCUGUUUGCGUAUUCCAUCGUCUGGUGGUUAACAGGUGGAUUUCUCCUUUCCAUUGGUAUCUAUGCUGAGGUGGAGAGACAACGCUUUAAGACACUGGAGGGGAUGUUUUUGGCCCCAGCUGUAAUCCUGAUCGUCCUGGGAAUUAUCAUGUUUAUAGUCUCGUUGAUUGGAGUCUUGGCUUCACUGAGAGAUAAUCUCACUCUACUGAAAGUGUUCAUGUACACUCUGGCAGUUUGUCUGAUCCUGGAGCUGCUCGGAGGGAUCUUGGCGCUGGUCUUCCGCAACCAGACGGUGGACUUACUGAACAAGAACAUCCGGAAGGGCAUAGUCAACUACUAUGAUGACCUGGACUUCAAAAAUAUCAUGGACUUUGUUCAGAAGAAGUUUAAGUGUUGCGGAGCUCAGGAGUACAAAGACUGGGAGGUCAACAUGUACCACAACUGUUCUGCACCUGGUCCAAUGGCCUGCGGUGUCCCGUAUACAUGCUGCAUUACUACUAAGCCUAAUGAAGUGGCCAACACUAUGUGUGGCUGCGAUGUGAUCAAACAAGAGCGUUUGGACUUGAUUGAAAUCAUUCACAUCAGAGGCUGCACUGAUGCUUUCUUCAUCUGGCUGUUAGACAACUAUAAGAUCAUGGCUGGACUGCUGUUAGGGAUCCUACUGCCGCAGUUCUUUGGUGUGAUAAUCAGCUGGCUGUACAUCACGCGUGUUGAAGAUGCCAUCAGUGAGUACGGUCACUACGUGGACGGGUUACAGGGGAGAGCAGCCAAGAGUCAGGGCCGUGUGUCCAAAUGGUUUAAGUGUAUGCCCGAGGUCGACUGAUGGAGCUGAGCAGAGGGCAGCAAAUGGACUCCAGUCAACACUCCCUCAGCUGGUUAAAGCACUGGAGUCGAUGCAGAGACUGUUGCAACCACUACAGGAGUCUGCCUCCGAACUGCCGGCUCAAUACCAGUGAACGUCAGCAUGUGGAAUGUUUUUUUUAUUGGGAAGAAGGAAUUGUUUUGCAUCCUCAUUGUUUGGAAUUUAAUAUUCAUGUUGUGUUUUUUUUUUUCAGUUUUAAUGUAAAUUUUGUGUAUAUAUCCAGAAAGUGAAUGGUUUUAAAUGACUUUGUUAACAUGCAGUGUACUGAUGCCUGAGUGGGAAAUAAGAGCUCAUUAAGUGAUGUUCUGCACUGUGCCACAGACAAUCUCAGGGAUAAACACAGAAACCAACAUAACCACUUUUUCUCUUUUUAUUGUAUAUCCUGAAAUUCAUCUGUUCAGUUACACAAGCACAACCUACAGCACGAACUGUGUUCACUGAUGGUUUUCUACCACCAGUUAAACUAUUUGUGACUGCUUUAUACAAACUCUGCUCCUUUAAUACACUGUUUACACUGCAACACUGUAGUGCUAAAUACACAUUGUCUGUCACUUGAAAGCAGGACUCCUUUCCUAAGUUGUAUAUUUGAGGUUUGAAAUGGAACUCUGCAUCACACCCUGCCUGCAUAUUCCUCUAUGACCAUAAGUGCUCCCUGAACCUUCAAGAUGUCUUAACCAUGGUUCCCUUCUGAAUGUUGAGAAAGAGCUCAACAUAAUCCAUUGUGAGUUGCUUUUAAAGAGAUGGAUGCUAAUGUAGUGCCUUUGCGAUAACAACACAGAAGCUCUGGGUUUAGUUAAGUUUCCCCAGAUGCUACAUUUGCUGUAUGUGCUGAUUUGCAAAACUAAUAGAGUGCACACUUUGAGUGUCAACGUGAGGGGAGGAUUUUUGGGAAUAAGACAGUACGUGCUUUAAAAAACAAAGCCUUUUGACUCGUGCGAUCAACUUGAACCUCACAGUACGACACGCUCAAACUGGCUUUGUUCCCUGAAACCUGACCAAUCAGAGGACUCAAACCACCGUAUAUAUGCUGUCUGAGUGCUACACUUCCAGACCCCCUCAUCACUACUUGUUCCUGCAAAAGUUACUUCAUUUGAAAACCUGUUGCACUGAAAAUAAUCCAGGCAGUUCUUACAUUGGUCUCAAAAACAGAAUGAGUUGAGUAAUUCAGGACAAAUCAGUAUCAUGUUUACUUUGAACCCAUAGGAAAUAUAUGCCUUAGAACAUGUUACAACUUCCUGUAAACUCCAGAGUGGUUUUAAGAUUUUCAGACACAUAUUUGUCAUGACAUAUGUGAAUAAUGUGAAAUGAAUGUGCUUUUGAAGUCUGUUGUGAAGUUGCAAACUGAGACCAAAGAGGUCAUCCAUCUUGAAGUGAAUUUUAAUUUCACAUCUCCCUGCCUUUCCUCCUGUUGUGGCUGCACAAGACUGCACCACCGCCUCUUAAUGAUAUGUCUAAUACUUCACUGACAUCACUGCUCAAACACAAUUACAAGCAUUUCGAGUUUAAAUGAUUGCCUUAUUUUUUUUUUUUAAUAUGACUUACAGAGGUUUACAUAGGAGCCCGCUUUGCUUCUUAGGGUUGAAGGAGCAUUAUCACUUUAUUCUUAUUGGCAUAUUCAGCAUUUUAAGACCAAAUCUAAUAAUCCAGGUUAAUUUAACUGGUUAAUAAAGUUCAUACUCGACUUGAUGCAGAAAAAGAGUACAUUUCCAUGAAAUGAAAUCAACUAUUAACUAAAUUAACUUUUACUACCUGCUUCUCACUCAGUAAACAGUGAAAAAGAUUCAACACACUGUACUGAUUUCACUGUAGUGAGAUGAAAAUGUGUUUAUGCUU